UCUGCUUGAGGUCACACUCCUCACGAGUAUCACUCUAUGCCCCACAGUCCAGUCCAAUCCCUGUCUGAAGAGUCGGCCUCGGAAAUUGUUUUAGUUCUGGGCUGAUAGAGAAUAUUACUUAUAUUCUUGACGGAUCUGUGGGGAAAAGAGCAUUGGAUGCGGAGUCAGGAGGACAGGAUUUAUAUCUAGGUAACUCAUUUCACCUUGCUGAACUUUAGUUUCCUUCUCUGUGAAAUGGGCAUUCCACCUGUAGCCUUGCCUACCUCACAGGUUUCUUAUGGGCACCACAUGGAAUAAUACAAGUUGGAGUAUGUUGGGGCUGGAAGUGCAAUGCGAAUGUCAGACAUUAUUAUGGUUACAGAAUGCAGACAUCGGAGCGUGAGGGGAGUGGGCUGGAGGUGAGCCCCAGCGUGAUACUUGAGGCUCCCCCAGAGUCUCCACCUGCCCCUACCAAGUCUCCAGCAUUUGAUCUUUUCAACCUGGUUCUGUCCUACAAGAGACUGGAGAUCUACCUGGAACCCCUGAAGGAUGCAGGUGAUGGAGUCCGAUACUUGCUCAGGUGGCAGACGCCUUUGUGUUCCUUGCUGACCUGCCUGGGCCUCAACAUCUUGUUGCUCACUUUGAAUGAGGGUGCGUGGUACUCGGUGGGUGCCCUGCUGAUUUCCGUGCCCGCCUUGCUGGGCUACCUUCAGGAGGUAUGCCGGGCCCGGCUGCCUGAGUCUGAGCUGAUGCGGAGGAAGUAUCACAGUGUGAGGCAGGAGGACCUGCAGAGGGUGCGCCUGUCUCGCCCUGAGGCUGUGGCUGAGGUGAAGAGCUUCUUGAUCCAGCUGGAAGCCCUUCUGAGCCGCCUGUGCUGCACCUGUGAAGCUGCCUACCGAGUGCUGCACUGGGAGAACCCCAUCGUGUCCUCACAGUUCUAUGGGGCUCUUCUGGGCACAGUUUGCAUGCUGUACCUGCUGCCGCUGUGCUGGGUCCUUGCCCUUUUAAACAGCACACUCUUUCUGGGCAAUGUGGAGUUCUUCCGAGUGGUGUCUGAGUACAGGGCAUCUCUGCAGCGGCAGAUGCACCCAAAGCAGGAAGAGAGCACCUUGGAGAGUCUGCCACCGGAUGCUGGGGGGAGGGAUCCUCUGCUGGACAGCACGCCUGCCCCCACUCCCACAGAGGACCUCACGCCAGGCAGUGUGGAGGAGGCCGAGGAGGCUGAGCCAGAUGAGGAGUUUAAAGAUGCGAUUGAGGAGGACGACGAGGGCGCCGCUUGCCCGGCAGAGGACGAGCUGGCCCUGCAGGACAACGGGUUCCUGAGCAAAAAUGAGGUGCUGCGCAGCAAAGUGUCGCGGCUCACGGAGCGGCUUCGCAAGCGUUACCCUACCAAUAACUUCGGGAACUGUACGGGCUGCUCUGCUACCUUCUCAGUGCUGAAGAAGAGGCGGAGCUGCAGUAACUGUGGAAACAGCUUUUGCUCUCGGUGCUGCUCCUUCAGGGUGCCCAAGUCCUCCAUGGGGGCCACAGCCCCUGAAGCCCAGAGAGAGACUGUGUUUGUGUGCGCCUCGUGUAACCAGACCUUGAGCAAGUGAGAAGAGAGAACAGGGUGCAACUGGGCGCCAGUCCCUGGGGCCAGCAGUAGAUCCCCACUCUCCUCACCCCUAGCCCUGUGUGGCAUGUGCUGGGCCAAGGUGGCCUGGACGCUAGGUAGACUUCGCUGUCCUCCCUUGUCUCCAGCCAGAUACUGGAGCUGUUCCUACUCUGGAGAGCCAGUUGUGGCUGCCCUCAAACCCCAGAGGUGGGGGGAGCCCCUGGAGGGCCCCGCCUGUUUACCCUGCUUUGCUCGUGGACUCCAGGGCAAGCAGGGCCGGGCAGGGAGUAUAAGCUAGAGGGCACCAGUGAGCCAGGCCUGGUCUCAAUUAGGAUCACUGAUGAUCAGGGCUGUUCUAUCCUCGGCUGGAAAUUCUAGGAGCGCUGAGAUCGAAAAAGAGGUUCCUCUCCUGCUGGGUCUUGUGCCAGGCCCUUGAUCUCAGAGCGCCUGCAGAAAGGCUUGGUACUGUCAUGCCACAAUGCUGCUGCUUGAAUGUCCCUCCAGGCAUCAGGAUCUGAUCAUUUCCCCAUCAGAGGGUGUGGCCAGGGCUAACGAGACCAGAAGUGCUUUGAGAAGCUGGGAUGAAGUUCCCCCAGAGGAGAGUGUAUAUAGGAGGGUCUGGCAGUCCUUCAGUAUUAAGUCAGGCAAAGCCUAGGGAUGCCCCAGCAACUCAAGGGACCACAAGCCCGCCCUACAGAGACCCUGCUGUUCUCAGCUCUGCUGGGCAGCUGCAGGGCACUCAGAUCACUCCUGCCCAGAGUGUGGGGUAGCCCUUCCCAUACCCUCUGGAGUGUGAGACCAGGUGAGCAGAGCUUAAGUCCUGAAGCCCUUGACCCUUGUGGGCCUGGGAAGUGUAGGAUCUCACUGGGAAAAUCUUAGUUGUGGAAUAAGGCUACUUGGGGUCCCCAUUCUCUUCCCAACAAUUUCAUGUUCACUUCUGGACUCUUAGGGACUCAGGUGUUUCUCCCAAGGCCGUGAGUUGGCUCAGGUGCCACUCCCCUCCCCUGGAGCUGCCCUGCCUUUUUGAAAUAUUUAUUUAUUUAUUUCAUGGUUCCUGGGAACUUGUGGCACAAGGAACAGGAUGAGGAGGAUGGGGGUGCUUCUCCUACCAUGGGACUCUUUCCUGGAGUCAUGGGCUGCCUGGGACCCAGAACCCAUAGGAGGCUGAGAUGUUUCGACACCCCAAGCUGGGACCCGAGGAGGCAGGUGCGGGAGACGAGGCACCCAUCCCAGGCCAGCUUUCUUGCCAGGCCAACCAGUCUAGCUGGGACUCGGCAGCCAGGGGUGGCUUCAGGCCAGCUGAGAUGCGAAUCCCUGGGGACCAGGCAGGCCUUGGCUUCCCCCUUCGGGCUCCUUCAUCCUGUUAAGAAAUGAGAGUUUAGAGUCCUGUGCUUUGUCUACACUGGAGAGGAACGGAAAGGAUCUCUGUGUAUAUGGAGAACUGUCAAUAAAAAGCCCUCAAGCUUCUGAUGCUUUUGUCCUGGUCCUUGUGCUAGCCCUUCCUGGAGGCUGGACACCCAGAUCUCUGCCAGCUCUACUGAGGCUGUAGGACAGGGUCUGUCGGCCCCAUCAGUGCAGGGGCUGGAGCCUGGCCCGGUGUGCACCAG